CACACAAGUAGGCACACAUAGGCCCCAUCGUGACGUCAUCGUCAUAUUCACUCCAUCAAGCAUGACCGUGUCUAUAUGUGCCGACUGUUAGCCGCAUUUCAAUGCUGUGAAUAGAAGAAAGCUUAUUUAGGAAAAUCUUUUAUCAAGAGGCAUACUUACGAAAACUUCACUCCAUAUCGGCUUUGUGGCUGUCCAGAACCUUAUACACCCAGGUUAUCGAAACAAUUAUCUUUUUAGGAAAAUGCAAAACAUGGAUCAUGAUCACGGAUAUGCAUCAUUUGCAUUGCAACCGAGUACCGAAAUGAUGGAACUACGUCCUAUCUAAUGGUUUUUUUCUGCUCUGACGUCAGUUUCAUCGGUCGUGCCCGCUACUCCUACUAUUCUUGCUUCGACAUUGUUGGCUGUCUCAUCGUCACCACCACCUAUAUUUGUUUCGUCAGAUAUGUUGACCGUUCCAUCGUCACCACCACCCAUCUGUGAUGUUUCCGGAUCAAUGCCCAAUUCGUCUGCCAAGCCGGGACAGCGAUCCUCUUCCGGAACGUCAUUGUUGACCGCUUCAUCGCCACCAUCAACCAUCCCUGAUGUUUCCGGUACGUUCCUUUUCGAUGGAUCUUUGUCCGAUUCGUCAGCUAUGCCGGGACAGCGAUUCUCUUCCGGAUCGUCAUCCUCAACCAGUCUGCCGUCUUUACCUGAUACUUUUUCAUCAUCCGGUGUACAUGAGUGUGUUAUAACUCGAAAACAAGUGGACAAUCUUAUUAAGCUAUCGAAGCAGACUACGGCUCGAAAUUAUGUUUUACGCAAUGGAUACUAUAGCAGGGACAACAUCACGCAAUGCAGCCAUUACUGCCAUUGAUACAGAAGAGGCAUUAGAAGCAUUUAAUGCUAACUUAGAAGCUAACACGUAUGUGACUGAGAUGCUCAGUUCACUUUUGAAUACAAUAGGUCGUAUAAAAUAUGUAAAAAGAAGAUCAAAUAAUAGAUCUAUUGUUUACUAAAGAUGUUUUUCUAAAUGUUGGUCAGGGAUUUGUAAUAAAACUCCAAAAAAUCGCAUUUUUUUAUCUUGGAAACUUUACGUAAAGUUGCAUAAUUUAAGAAGCUAAGAUAAUUAUUAGUCCAACGUAAAUUUGAAACCAUGAGUUUAAGUCCCGAAUAGACCGCGUCCCCAUACGUAGGACUGACUAUCCUGCUAUGG